GAAGGGGAAAUGGCCGGAAAACUCAGUCUCGAGGAAAUCAAGAACGAAACUGUUGACCUGGAAAAAAUCCCGAUCGAGGAAGUAUUUGAGCUACUGAAAUGUGGCCCCGAAGGUCUGUCAACUCCGGAGGGGGAAAACAGGCUCCAGAUAUUCGGUCCCAACAAAUUAGAAGAGAAAAAGGAAAGCAAAUUUCUGAAGUUCUUGGGGUUCAUGUGGAAUCCCUUGUCUUGGGUUAUGGAAGCCGCAGCUUUGAUGGCUAUUGCUUUGGCUAAUGGUGAUGGACGGCCUCCAGAUUGGGAAGACUUUGUGGGUAUUAUAUGUUUGCUGGUCAUCAACUCCACUAUCAGUUUCAUUGAAGAAAAUAACGCUGGGAAUGCUGCUGCUGCUCUCAUGGCUGGCCUCGCCCCUAAAACUAAGGUGCUGAGAGAUGGGAAAUGGAGCGAGCAGGAUGCUGCAAUUUUGGUUCCAGGAGAUAUCGUUAGUGUAAAGUUGGGGGAUAUCAUCCCAGCUGAUGCUCGUCUUCUGGAGGGCGAUCCUUUGAAAGUUGAUCAAUCUGCAUUGACUGGAGAAUCACUUCCUGUAACCAAGAAUCCAGGGGAUGGAAUCUUCUCUGGUUCAACUUGUAAACAAGGAGAAAUCGAAGCUGUUGUCAUUGCCACUGGUGUUCAUACCUUCUUUGGAAAAGCAGCACAUCUUGUAGACAGCACUCACCAAGUUGGCCAUUUCCAAAAGGUGCUCACAGCAAUUGGGAAUUUCUGUAUUUGUUCCAUUGCUUUAGGAAUGCUGGUUGAGAUCAUUGUCAUGUACCCAAUUCAACACCGGAGUUACCGCGACGGUAUCGACAAUCUGCUCGUUCUCUUGAUCGGAGGAAUACCGAUUGCCAUGCCAACAGUGUUGUCAGUGACAAUGGCUAUUGGAUCUCAUAAGCUGUCCCAACAAGGCGCUAUCACUAAGCGUAUGACUGCUAUUGAAGAGAUGGCUGGUAUGGAUGUCCUGUGCAGUGAUAAAACAGGAACAUUGACUCUAAACAAGCUUAGUGUUGAUGUCAACUUGGUUGAGGUUUUUGCUAAUGGUGUGGAUAAACAGCAUGUGAUAUUGCUUGCUGCUAGAGCUUCUCGAACUGAAAAUCAAGAUGCUAUUGAUGCUGCUAUUGUGGGAAUGCUAGCUGAUCCUAAGGAGGCACGAGCAGGCAUAAAAGAAGUGCAUUUCUUCCCUUUCAAUCCUGUGGAUAAGAGAACUGCAUUAACUUACAUUGAUUCCAAUGAUACUUGGCAUCGAGCAAGCAAAGGUGCUCCAGAACAGAUCUUGACGCUUUGCAACUGCAAGGCCGAUGUUAAGAAGAAGGCUCAUGCUGUUAUCGACAAAUUUGCCGAACGUGGUCUUCGCUCGUUGGCUGUUGCGAGACAGGAAGUACCUGAGAAAAGAAAAGAAAGUCCUGGAAGUCCAUGGCAGUUCGUUGGUUUAUUGCCUCUAUUUGAUCCUCCAAGGCAUGACAGUGGAGAAACCAUCAAAAGAGCUCUCCAUUUAGGUGUGAAUGUCAAGAUGAUUACUGGUGAUCAGCUCGCCAUCGCCAAAGAGACGGGUCGACGACUCGGAAUGGGGACGAACAUGUACCCAUCUGCAUCAUUACUUGGUCAACACAAGGAUGAAAGCAUUGCAGGUCUUCCUAUAGAAGAGUUAAUUGAAAAGGCAGAUGGAUUUGCUGGAGUUUUUCCCGAGCACAAGUACGAGAUCGUGAGGAAGUUGCAAGAGAGGAAACAUAUUUGUGGAAUGACCGGAGACGGCGUAAACGACGCUCCGGCACUGAAGAAGGCUGACAUUGGAAUAGCAGUUGCUGAUGCUACUGAUGCUGCUAGAGGUGCUUCUGAUAUUGUCCUUACAGAGCCUGGCUUGAGUGUUAUCAUCAGUGCUGUUCUUACAAGUAGAGCUAUCUUCCAAAGAAUGAAGAAUUACACAAUUUAUGCAGUUUCGAUCACUAUACGUAUCGUGUUUGGUUUCAUGCUUAUUGCUCUCAUAUGGAAGUUCGACUUCUCUCCUUUCAUGGUUUUGAUCAUUGCCAUUCUAAAUGAUGGCACAAUCAUGACCAUCUCAAAGGAUAGAGUGAAGCCAUCUCCAUUACCUGAUAGCUGGAAAUUGAGAGAGAUAUUUGCUACUGGCGUUAUGCUUGGAGGUUACUUGGCUUUGAUGACUGUCAUAUUCUUCUGGAUAAUGAGAGAAACAGACUACUUCCCAGAGAAAUUUGGUGUAAGAUCUAUAAAGGACAGUCCUAAAGAAAUGAUGGCUGCUCUAUACCUACAAGUGAGCAUUGUCAGCCAGGCUUUGAUCUUUGUGACUCGAUCGCGAAGCUGGUCAUACUCCGAACGCCCUGGCUUGCUACUCAUGGCUGCUUUCAUGGUUGCACAACUGGUUGCAACGCUUAUAGCAGUAUAUGCAAAUUGGGGAUUUGCAAAGAUCAAGGGAGUUGGAUGGGGAUGGGCUGGUGUAGUCUGGCUUUACAGUAUUAUUUUCUACAUUCCAUUAGACUUCAUCAAGUUUGCUAUUCGAUAUGCCUUAAGCGGCAAGGCUUGGCUUAACAUGCUAGAUAACAAGACCGCCUUUACGACGAAGAAAAACUAUGGAAUGGCCGAAAGAGAAGCUCAAUGGGCUGCCACUCAAAGGACCUUACAUGGCCUCCAACCAGCCCCAGAAAGAACCAGCCUGUUCAUUGAAAAGAAUAGCUACAGAGAGCUGUCUGAGAUCGCCGAGCAGGCCAAGCGACGAGCCGAGAUUGCUAGGCUUAGGGAGCUCAACACUCUGAAGGGUCAUGUUGAAUCUGUGGUGAAACUGAAAGGGCUGGAUAUUGAUACAAUCCAACAGCAUUAUACUGUGUAGAAUCUGCCAUAAAAGUUGCUGCAAGAACAAAGAAGAUAAAGGCCGAGGGGAACAAUGUGAUUCCCACUAAUAUAUUUUGUUGUCGUCGUAAGAAUGAGUUCAUGUUUUAGUGGUUCGUUAAUGGAAUAAAAAACUAAGCAUAUCGAAAUGUUAGAAGUUUGAAUAUACUAUCUGAUAGCAGUUUAAA